AUGAUUCGUGCGUCCCUCAUCUUCGCUGCGGUUCUGUUUGCCCUCGCGGCUUGUGCCCCUCAUGCCGACGCCACCUACGGCGUUGACGUCUCCUCCUCGGUGUCGCCUGCCGCGUGGACGUGCCUCCGCAACAACGGCUUCAGCUUCGGCGUCGUGCGUGCCUACGAGGCCGUCGGUCUGCCUGACUCCCGCGCUGCCUCCACCGUGGCGAACGCGUGGGCGGGCGGCAUGUCGCACGUCGACGUCUACAUGUUCCCGUGCCCGCACUGCGGCAAGUCGGCCUCGACUCAGGUCGACGAGCUCGUGAGCUACCUGCGCUCCCACGGCGUCAAGUUCGGCAUGAUCUGGUUCGAUAUCGAGGGUCCGCAGUACUGGCGCGACCAGGGCUUCAACCGGGCGUUCUUGUCGGAGGCCAUCAACAAGGCGUUGGCCUAUGGCGAGAGGAUCGGCAUCUACACGUCGGCUUCGCAGUGGGAGCCCAUCAUGGGCAACUGGGCCGGUGGCGCUCGCUUCCCCCUGUGGUACGCGCACUACGACAACAACCCCUCGUUCAGCGACUUCAGGUCGUUCGGCGGCUGGUCCAGGCCCGCCAUCAAGCAGUACCACGGCACCGCCUACGAGUGCGGCGCCGGCAUUGACAAGAACUGCGCGUGGUCACUACCCCUCCUCGUCGCGGCCGUCCUCCUGGCCAUCGCCUGCGGUGCCCACAAGGCCGAUGCCACCUACGGCGUCGACGUCUCCUCCUCGGUGACGCCUGCCGGGUGGACGUGCCUCCGCAACAACGGCUUCAGCUUCGGUAUCGUGCGUGCCUACGAGUCCAUCGGUCAGCCUGACUCGCGUGCGGCCGCGACCGUGGCGAACGCGUGGGCGGGCGGCAUGGCGCACGUCGACGUCUACAUGUUCCCGUGCCCGACCUGCGGCAAGUCUGCCUCGAACCAGGUCGACGAGCUCGUGAGCUACCUGCGCUCCAACGGCGUGAGGUACGGCAUGGUGUGGUUCGACAUCGAGGGUCCGCAGUACUGGCGCGACCAGGGCUUCAACAGGGCGUUCUUGUCGGAGGCCAUCAACAGGGCGCUGGGCUAUGGCAUCAACAUCGGCAUCUACACGUCGGCUUCGCAGUGGAACCCCAUCAUGGGCAACUGGGCCGGUGGCGCUCGCUUCCCCCUGUGGUACGCGCACUACGAUGGCAGCGCCUCGUUCGGCGACUUCGGCUCGUUCGGCGGCUGGUCCAGGCCCGCCAUCAAGCAGUACGUCGGCGACGCCUCCGAGUGCGGUGUCGGCAUUGACAAGAAUUGGAUGACCGGCGCGCGGUCACUACCCCUUCUCGUUGCGGCCGUCCUCCUGGCCUUCGCCUGCGGUGCCCACAAGGCCGAUGCCACCUACGGCGUCGACGUCUCCUCCUCGGUCAGUACGGCGGGGUGGUCGUGCCUCCACCAAAAUGGCUUCAGCUUCGGUAUCGUGCGUGCCUACCAGUCGUUUGGUCAGCCCGACUCGCGUGCUGCGGCCUCGGUGGCGAACGCGUGGGCGGGCGGCAUGGCCCACGUCGACGUCUACAUGUUCCCGUGCCCCCGCUGCGGCAAGUCGGCUUCUACUCAAGUAGACGAGCUCGUCCACUACCUGCGCUCCAACGGAGUUAGAUACGGCAUGGUGUGGCUCGACAUCGAAGGCGCCGGCUACUGGCGCGACCAGGGCUUCAACCGGGGCUUCUUGUCGGAGGCCAUCAACAGGGCGCUGGGCCACGGUCUCCACAUCGGCAUCUACACGUCGGCUUCGCAGUGGAACCCCAUCAUGGGCAACUGGGCCGGCGCCGCUCGCUUCCCCCUGUGGUACGCGCACUACGACAACAGCCCCUCGUUCAGCGACUUCAGGUCGUUCGGCGGCUGGACCAGGCCCGCCAUCAAGCAGUAUGUGGGUGACGCUUCCUUGUGCGGCAUCGGCGUCGAUAAGAACUGGUACCCGUGA